AGGCAGUGGGGGCAGUGUGUGAAAGGAGGGAAAAAUGUUGAGAUCUGGAUAGCCAAUCUGGAAGGCCACCUGCAGCUUACAGGGAUUACAUCUACUUUUGGAGUUGGAGUUAUUGGACCUGUGGCCAGUGGCUGAAGGGGUCAGGUGUGCGCAUUAAAACUCCAGCUAUAACUGUGUGGGUAGAUGGGAGUAAUGAGUCUUACUUAUCAGAGCUAUCGGAGUUCCACUUUGAUAACAGGGAAAUUCUCAGGCCUUUCCCUUCAGUCAUGGGUCGGUUACGUAAAAGGUUACCCAAACUGCAUCCAGGUCAAUCACCAUCGCAACAUGGAACUACACUGGUGUGUUUUCAAAACUGUCAGGCGGAUCCUCACAUAACAGAUACACUGUAACCGUGCAUCUUCAGUUUGAUAAGAAUCAAGGAAGUUCAACUUCGUACUUUGUCUCCUGCAGAUAACUUAAGAUAAUGGUGUCCAAGUACAUGUGAAAACAGGUUCUACACCAGAUACCAAUGUAUUCAGUCUGUCACACUGGUAUCAAGUGAUUUUAACGUGCUGAUUUAAAGCAUGUCCAGAUAGUAUAGCAAGUCAUCUGGUAAAUAACUGAUAGAGAUCAGGCAGGUAUAAUGGGAAAGGAGAGACUCUGUGAGCACAUGAUAUGUGAGUGGAGUGGAUUUGACAAUAGGUGCCCUCACUCUGCCCAGAUUUUUGUGUAUACCAAUGUUGUGUUUUUUUCAGUUUUUUUGUCACAUUAUAUCCAAAAAUAAAGACGGGUUAUGGACUUGCAAUGAAAAUCUAUCUUAGACCAUUAAACUGCUGCUGUCAACUGUCUACAUCGCCACAUCCUCCCCUUCCAAAGAUGUAUUGCAGUAGAGAUGUUUUGCAUUAUUAAUGGAGAAGCAACUUUAUUUUCCGAUUACUUACUUUUUCCCCCAUAAUUUCAGAUUUAGCUGAACAGCAACAGGAAACACUCUUGUCUGUAAGAACAAGUUCUGGCUCGAGCUUCUCAGAUGUAAGUGUUUUCUGCUUUUCACUGUCUGGUUUUGGGCUGUUGGUCAGACGUAUCAACAGAUUAAUCUGCAAUCAAUCAAUAAAGUUGGUAAUGGAGGAGAAUUAAGAAGAAAACCGGCGUUUCUAUGUUUUAUAUUUCACAUGACAACAUGACCUAAUUUAUCUCAUUAGUUGGAUCUUUGUACUCAGUGAUGGCCCUGCCCCUGAAUCAAGACAAAUCUCUGUCACAUAUUAAAACCUCUCGGCAGCCAAGGUACAAAACAGACGUCCGUCACGCCACAUUUCAACGGAUUCGUUAGACCUACGAUCACCAUCACUAUUUUUUGGGUCAUUUUCCUCCCCUGUUAACUAAUAACUAAUGAAGCUUCUCAGUUUCCCAAAGAAGCUCUCAAAGAAGUAAUACGGCUUAGGCAGUGGGUCUUCACGAAGAGCGACCACCAUGAGCACACCACAGGCAUGUGAGUGCUACAAAGACAGACUGAGGUCAAAGGCCACGGCAACACCCCAGCUUCAAUUAUUUUCAUUCAGCAGCAAGUUCAACAAAGCAGCGUGCCCUUUCUACGUUUAUGCACCACAGUAUACACAAGCGUUUGCAUCUGUCCUGUGCAAUACAUCCACAGAGAUCUACCCCUGCAUUCAGCUUCGGCUGGCUUAGACUUAAGUCUGUUCUGCAACGCUGCCUCCUUGUCAGCGUGCGCUCAUUAUGCCAAGAUUACAGUCACACAACUUUAAAAUUUCCCUCCUAACACUCUUGAGAAAACAUGGGUUCUCAAGGAUGAUGAGCGACCAAACCAAAUGUGCUCCCGAAAGAAGAAAAAGCAGCCCAGAAAAAUAAAGGGGUCACUGAACAAAGAAUGCUUUGAACAGUUACAUCACAGGGAGGCAGUUUGAUUGAGCCAGACAGUUCGCUUGUAUCAGGUGUAGGAAGUCGACUCAAAAGCUUUUUUUGGGGGGAGGGGGGUAGGAACUAUGAGCAUCAGCCUUGUAUAAAUACAAUAACUGAGCUGGUUUACUAAUUCAUUUAUUAUAAACAUCAGCAAUAGAGUCAAACUAGUCUAACCUCAGACCCAAAACACGUAAAACAAUCCUUCAACAGACAAUAAAUAUACACUCACCUAAACUAUAAAUGCACUGUUAGAGUUUUCUACUUUGCAGACUUGCCAGUUCAUUAGGUACACCAGCGAAAACAAAUGCAUUCAGAUAUGAUAUAGCUCUGCGUUAAUUCUUAGCUCCGUGACUGUUAUAAUGUUCAGUUUAUGUUUAAAGGUGGUAAAAGUAGCGUAUGAUCAUUUUGGAGGAUGUCGUUUAUGGUGCUGUAAAACUACUGUAUAUUGAAUAAAACAGAAAAGCGUUUCUGUCAUUUAGCCAAGCCUAGUGACUAAGAAGGAGGGGUUGUCACAAUAACAGAAACUAGUACUACAAACUACAGACCCCCAAAUGAAAACAUGAUUAAACCAAGGACUCUCUCAGUUAUUUGCAACCUAUAUUGAAUAUUAUCACCUUUUAGUGCAGGACUGUUAUAUUAUGACGAAUCUGUUUUCACUGCAAUGAACUGGCAACUGAGUGUAUAUACGCGUUAAGAAUACGCAAAUAUUCACUUUAUUUCCCACAGUUGGAGACACCGCGGAGGAGCCAGCAGACAGGUGACUGUCGCCCGGCUCCUCACAGCUGAGCUUGCUCGUAUUGUUUUCUGUGAGGGACGGCCGCAGGUUGGAUUUCAAACGGGACACCACGGACAAAUGUCAUGCCUUUGAAGUGGAGCUUGAUCUUCUGAACAAAGAACACUUUGAGCCCGAGAGCCACGACAGCAUUAAAAAGAGAAGCAGCCCAAACUGAUGCCCGAAGAGCCAGCCAUGUAGACCAACAGCACACUACAAGUUUUUCCGCUCGGCUUGUCGCGUGAAGGUGGUGGCACGGGGAGCUCCGGGAGGACGGCGGCUUUACGGGAAGGAAGGACGAGGAAGGUGGCUUCAAAAAAGACAAAAUCACCCAGGAACCCUGCAGCUGUAAAGCCUCAGAAGGAUGCCCACAGUCUCCCGUCCCAUGAUGCCCUGGCACAGAUCCUACCAGAUUACCGGCCGCUCAUCAACAGAGGGAAGACUGAGCUUCAGAGCACAGCUCAGCAGGAACAGGAGACACCAGCUGAGAGGACAGAAGCUACACAGAGCAACAUAAACCACACAUUUCAAGUACAUCACCCACACAAGCGACCGCCUCUGUACGACUUUGAGGAUGAUCCCCACAUGGCAAAGAUCAACGACCUCCAGACUAAGGAGGUGGACAACUAUCGUUCAGCCAUGAGCAGGAUGGCAGAAGACAUCAUAACACUGAGGACCCAGGUGGUGACGCUGGAAACAGAAAACAGCCAGCUCCGCAGUGACCUGUCUCUGCACCAGGACCUGGGCCGAGACCUGCUGAAGGACACGGACAUCGACGUCAUGACCAAGGCUGAGAUUGCCGACCGGAUAGCCACUCUGAAAUUCAAGCUGGCCAGCGAGACCAGUAAGACCGUCUCGCAAAGAGACAGGAUCCAGCAGCUGCAGAAUGAGCUGAUCAAGAAGAAUGACAGUGAGAAGGAGCUACUAGAGCUUCGGAAGCUCCACCAGAAGCAACGUGAGGAUCCGCACCAUCACCAGAGCUGCUUGGCAAAGUUGGCAACUUUGGAAGACACAGUGAAACAGCAGGAAAAGGUUAUUAGGAACAUGGAGAAGGCACUGGAUAGCAAACUCAGAGAGGGGAAAAAAGAAGGUGGUGAGAAAAAGUUGUUGACGAAAAUGCAAAGAGGUGGGACUGAGUGCAAAAAGGAAAAGAUGGAGUCAGCGUUGUCAGCAGAGAACGUCCGUCUCAGAGAAGAGCUGGACAGGAUUCGCCAGCAGCCGCUCGUUACACAGCAGCCAGCGCAGUCACUACCACUCAAGGACAAACUGAGUUUACUAAAUAAACUGGAGAAGGCUGAGGCAAGAGUCCAAACCCUGGAAGCUCAGCUGGAGGAGAAUGCAAAAGUCUGGGGGAGACAAAAACAAGAAAUGUUGACCAAGCUGAGCGAGCACAGGCACGGCUUUGUCCGAACAUCCACCACGAUCCUUCAUAACGUUCCUCUGAGGGACGUGUCAGAUUCAUUACAUCGCCAAAGAAGAAAACAGAAACCAGUAAAGUGACGACUGAAGCGUUGACUCAAAUCAGACCACACACACACACACUUUCUUCUUUUUUAUGACUGUGUUAUUUUAAUAUAAGAAUAUGGAAUACAAUGACAUAUUAAAACGUACACUUUG